AGCAGUCGCUUAUGGCAAUGACUGAAACUUAAAGUAAUUUUACUAACACCUAUGUCUCCACGUCAAACAUAUGGACAUAAUGCUAACAGAUUAUAGAUCUAUAUUUCCUUUACAUAAAUAAAAUCUCCAAGUGCAAUGAUUUUAAGUUAAGUUUCAUUUAAAAACUUUUUCCAUCUGUAGGCUAUAAUGUCAGCUGGCAAAAAGUCAUGGAGACAAUUUUAUAACAGGAAAAAUGUUCAAAGUAUUUUGAGCAAAAAAUUGUGGAGGUUUCCAAUGGGGCGGAACAAUAAGAAAUUGGACAGCCUCCUGCCAUCCCCCGACCACCUUCUGCAGGAUGUCAUCAGGCAAGAGAAGAGGGUCAAGGCCUCCAUUUGCUCAAAAUUGUUUUUUGCUGCAGCCACCAAGACUCUAGCUUUAGUCAGUUUUUAUUAUGUGUUUUCCAUAGGCCUUACAUUCUACAACCAGCACAUGUUUAAGCAUGGCCACUUGGCACUGUCAAUUACCAUGUGUCAUUUGUUAUUUAAGUUCUGGUUGGCCACUAUCAUUCGCCAGUUUCUAGAAUGUAAAACCAAAGAACCCCGGAUAGUCUUGCCAUGGCCAGUCUACCUGAAGCGAGUGGCGUUGGCUGGUGCUGUUGGAGCACUUGAUAUUGGUUUGUCAAACUGGAGUUUUGAGAUGAUCUCAGUUUCUCUAUACACCAUGUCAAAGUCAACUGCAGUGGUCUUCAUUUUAUUUUUUUCUCUUGUCUUUAGGCUUGAGAAGUUUAGGUUCAGUUUGGUGGUUGUUGUCCUGCUCAUCUUCACCGGGCUCUUCCUCUUUACCUAUCACUCUACGCAGUUUAACCUGCAAGGUUUUAUACUGGUCAUGACAGCCUCUGUGUUAUCUGGGCUCAGGUGGACUUUAGCCCAGGUGUUACUUCAGAAACAUGAAAUGGGACUUCACAAUCCUAUUGACAUGAUGUAUCAUAUACAGCCUUGGAUGAUGCUAACCUUGUUACCACUCUCUGCUGGGAUUGAAUUACAGGUGAUAUCCACGAGUGAGCACUACUUCAGGUUCACACAGUGGACAGUGUUGCUGUCUACAGUUGGUUAUGUGUUGGUGGGGGCCACAUUGGGCUUCAUGCUGGAGUUCAGUGAGUUCCUGUUGCUGGCCCACACCUCAAGCCUCACGUUAUCAAUUUCUGGAAUUUUUAAGGAAAUUUGUAUUUUGGGUUUGGCCAUACUCAUCACGCAUGAUAAGAUAACUCUGUUGAAUGGUGUUGGUCUUGUUGUUUGUGUAGCAGGGAUUACAGUCCAUGUCAUCAGCAAGGCUGUUGUUUCUAAAGAAGAAAAAGAAAAAACUGUUACUGUUGAGUCUAUGAAAAUGUUGUCCAAAGGAGGGGAGGCAGUUGAUGUAUCUGACAGCGAUGAAAUGGAACUCUUUCGAAGAGGAAGAUAGAAAUAAAUGUAUGGUUGUGGGCCUUGUGAUAUUUAGUUAAUGUUCUAUGCACAUUUUUCCUUCUUGCGCUGUCUUUUAGUUUUUAAAACUGUUCUGUUGAAAAUAACCAGAAAAUUCUUUGAAUGUGUUAAGACUUUCUCCCGCCACAAUAACUAUACCUUUUAAAAAGUAUUUUGUAUUUAUACUUACAACAAAAUAGGAAUUAUAUUUUUUGUAGGACUUUUAAUUACAUGAUUAACAUGUGAAGAAAAAUGAAUUUUUGAUGUGUUCCACUGAUCAUUGCUUGCUCAGUUAAAAUGUACAGAUGUUUGAAAUUUAUAAGAAAUUCUUAAAAUUAUGUGUUUUUUUUAUAUAACAAAUACAUUCCUGUAAUUAUACAAGUAUGAUACAGUUUAUUGAUGCUUAUAAAUAUAUUGUUUCUUUCAUAAAUAAAUGCUCAGCGUUUAUAA